AUGGCGACAAUGGGGGAUCGUGGACAGCAGCACCGCUUCGAUGCUUAUGGUGGCGGAGGCCGUUAUGGAGGCGGCCUCAAGGGCGACCCACACCAGAGAACAGGACCUUCACCUUCAAAGGUGCUUGCAGUCGUCACCAUGCUCCCCGUUGGCGGCACUCUCCUGGCGCUGGCCGGGAUAAUCCUCGUCGGGACUCUCAUCGGAUUGGCUGUCGCCACUCCCGUGUUCAUCAUCUGCAGCCCCGUGAUCGUCCCUGCGGCUCUGCUCGUUGCGUUUGCCGUCACCGCUUUCUUGACCUCGGGGCUUGCUGGGGCCACGGGGCUGACCGCGUUGUCGUGGUUUGCUAUGUACCUACGGCAAGCUGUGCGUGCUAUUGCUCCGAAUGCGAGCCAGGCUGUGCCGGAGACUAUGGAGCAGGCCAAGAGGCGCAUGCAGGAUGCAGCUGGGUAUGCCGGGCAGAAGACCAAGGAGGUCGGGCAGGAGAUCCAGAGGAAAGCUCAGGAGACGAAAUGA